UUUGAACAGUUAUUUGAUCUGUAGCUUAACUUGGUGUACAUAUUAUUUAACUUCGGCGAGAUAGAGAUUUUUUACGACAACCACAAUCACAGCUUUGUCAACAAUACGACGAACAUACUACUACUAGUCAAGAGGCGGUAUUAAUUUUAUUGUUACAAAACUAAACUAAGGACUAAGGACUUAGAGAAGAAGAAAAUGACUGGGACAGGUGAUAAAGAAGUUCAUGUUGUCACGGGCGGUGCUGGCUUCCCAGGUUUCUCUUUAGGAAAGCAGUUGACAAAGAAAGGUCAUCUGGUGCGACUUUUUGAUAUCAAAGAGCCGGUUUGGGAACUUGAAGAUGGAAUGGAAUUUAUAAAGGGAGACAUUGUGGAGGGGAGGAAACUGUGUGAAGUUAUCAAGGGAGCUAAUGCAGUUUAUCAUCUGGCUUCCUAUGGAAUGUCAGGCAGAGAGCAGCUUAACAAAGACUUGAUAGAGAAAAUCAAUCUCGGAGGCACAGAGGCGGUUCUUAAAGCCUGUCUGAAGAAUGACGUGACCAGACUAGUCUACACCAGCACUUACAAUGUGGUCUAUGGAGGACAAGAGAUUCACAAUGGUGAUGAGAGUUGUCCCUACUUGAGUGAAGACAAAUUCACUGACUAUUACUCCAAGACCAAAAUGUAUGCAGAGAAGAAGGUCCUGGCAGCCAACGGUCAGCUGACAUCCAACGGUCAGAUCUUAAGAUGCUGUGCACUGAGACUGGCUGGAGUGUAUGGACCAGGAGAACAGAGGCACAUCCCUCGGAUAGUCUCCUACCUGGAACAAGGUCUGAUCAAAGUGACCUACGGUGCAGACUCCUCACUUGUUGACUUUCUCCAUGUAGACAAUCUUGUCCAGGCACAUAUACUGGCAGCAGAGGCUUUGAGAGAACACAAGAAUUAUAUUGCUGCUGGCAAGGCUUACUUUAUAAGUGACAACUCUCCGGUGAACAACUUUGAAUUUUUUCGUCCUCUGUUUGAAGGAUUGGGUUAUUCCUACCCCAAAGUGAAAGUUCCUAUGACAAUUGUUUUCUACUUUGCCUGGUUGACAGAAAUACUCCAUGCUGUCAUCAGUCCUGUCUAUAAUUUCCAACCAAUGUUGACAAGAACAGAGGUCUACAAGACAGGGACCACUCACUACUUCAGUAUACAGAGAGCCACUCAGGAACUUGGUUAUGUCCCUACAAUUCAAAACGACCUCACUGGUGUGGUGGCCUAUUACAGAAAGUUAGGCCGAGUCAAGGGUCAUCAGCAGUCCCUGUUUUUUUUCUAUCUGGUCAAUGCAAUUAUCAUCUUCUUGAUCUACUGUGUGUUUAUGGCAGUGCUGCCGAGAGUAUCUGGACUGGCCUUCAUUUGAUGACAAGCUGCAGAUUUCACCUUUGUGUUCAGGACCAUUCAUUUAACUCCUAGGGAAGGAUAUUGUUACGAGCAGAUGAGACUCUUAAUCCUACACCAAAACAGAACCAUAAAUAAUAAAUUAGUGAAGUAAAAGUAAAGUUUCCCCUUUCAGACCUUUCGAUCCAUGGGGCAGAUGAUGUUAAGGUCAUCUUUUUCUAUGGCCAAGGGUUAAUGAGCAGGGUGUUGUGGCCUGCACAGCGACCAACCACCUUUACUUUCCCCAACUAAAGUCAGGUACUUAUUAGAGUUGGGCGGACUCAGGGGCGCCCUAAAAAUCCUGAAAUUCAAAAUCCCAGUCUUCACAGAGAUUCAAACCCAGGACCUCAAGUUCAAAGCCAAGCGCUUAACCAUUCCACCACAUCGCCCCCCUAUUAAUAGAUUACAAGAACUUUAAUUUUGAUUCAACGAAUGAUAAUAAAAUGUCAAUAAUAGCCUCGUUUUCAUUGUAAACUUGUAAUCUUUCUUCUUCUUUCUUCAACACCAAUUCUUACCAUUCCACAUUCACAUUACACUACCUAGGUAACACAUCUAUCAUUUAUGAUUAAGACUCUCAUCUGCCAUUUAUGAUUAAGACUCUCAUCUGCCAUUUAUGAUUAAGACUCUCAUCUGCUCGUGACAAGCUUAGAUGAUGAUUUUAUUUAUGUCUACAAUCAAAUUUUAAUGUCAAUAUAUUAAUCUAAGUUUGAAUGCAAUUCAGAGAUAAAUAAAUGUUUCUCCUACAAAUUCUAUUCUAGUGAAACCUGUUCAUAUUGUUUCAAAAGUAAUGUUUUUUUGUCCUCUAUUUUGAAAUAGCAUAUUAUGUCUCUAGUUUGUUUCUAUUGUACUGUUUUAUUUUAAUGCCAGGACUUUUGAUUCUAUUUGUAUUCAUGAACAAUGUUUUACUUUGAUUUGAUUGAAGAGAACAUUUUGUUCCAAUUGCAAUGGUGUUGCAAUUAGAAAGCAUAAUGUUGUGAGUUUUCUGAGCUAGACAAAUAGAGGGGAGACAAUUAUGGAGUACAAUAUCUUUACAUUGUACCAGGAUUUAUUAAUGCUCGGGUAUUUUAAUACAUUUAUAUUUCAGGUAUACUGUUGAAAUAAAAUACAUUAAUUUAUUCAAAUAUU